CAAAACAUACAAAAUCUUCCUCUUGAUGCCAUCACAAAACAACCCAAGUUCCCCCAACUUUCUUAUGCCCUUUAAAUCUCCUCCUCAUUCCAAGACCAAUAAUCGCUCCAAAAUUGAAAACUAGUUUGAUUUUAUUUGAGAAUGAAUGGCAAAAGGGGUAGUGUCGUUAUAGACAUCGGGUCUAAAUCCGAACCUCCGGAGGCCGGGAUGAAAUCCGGUGGGAAAUCGGGAAACUCGAGCCCUUCAAUAGGGAUUAGGAGUGUUUGGGAGUUUUGCAAGGAAGAUAGAAACAGAGUGUUAUUCUCAUUAAAAGUUGGGUUGGCUGUGGUUUUGGUGUCUUUGCUCAUACUUUUUCAAGCACCUUACGAUGUGUUUGGAAGUAAUAUCAUUUGGGCCAUCAUCACUGUGGCCAUAAUGUUCGAAUAUACAGUUGGUGCAACUUUCAACCGUGGAUUCAAUAGAGCAGUUGGAAGUUUGGUUGCAGGAAUGUUGGCUAUUGGUGUUGCUCAACUUGCUUUUUACACAGGACCUGUUGGAGAACCUAUUGUCAUUGGCAUCAGCAUUUUCUUAGUUGGAAGUAUAACAACAUUGAUGAAGCAAUGGCCAAGGCUAGGUGCAUACGAGUAUGGAUUCAGAGUGAUACUUUUUACUUACUGUUUAAUAGUUGUUUCUGGGUAUCGAAUGGGAAACCCACUUAGAAUCGCCAUGGAACGUCUCUACUCCAUCGCCAUUGGAGCAUUUGUUGCAGUUUUAGUAAAUGUUGUUGUUUUUCCUAUCUGGGCUGGUCACCAACUCCACAACCAUCUUGUCUCUGCCUUCAACUCCGUCGCAGAUUCACUUCAAGAAUGUGUGAAGAAGUAUUUAGAAGAUCAGGGGGAAUGGCAAAACUUUGAAGAGCUGCCAUUGAAGGCUCUUAUGGAUGAGUUUCCAAAUGAACCUGCCUACAAGAAAUGCAAAGCUACAUUAAACUCCUCUUCAAAGUUUGAAACUUUGGCGACAUCGGCAAAAUGGGAGCCGCCGCAUGGCAGAUUCAAGCAGUUCUUUUAUCCAUGGGCGGAGUACGUUAAAGUUGGAGCAGUUUUGAGGUAUUGUGCUUAUGAAGUUAUGGCUCUUCAUGGUGUCCUUCACUCUCAAAUCCAGGCUCCAUAUAACCUUAGAAUCACAUUCAAAUCAGAGAUCCAAGAUGCAGCAAACCAAGCAGCAGAGCUGAUGAGAAGUUUAGGCGAGGACAUCAACAACAUGAAACAAUCCCUCAAAAUCUCUCACCUAAAGAAUGUUCACAGUGCAGCUGAGAAGCUCCAACGCGCCAUUGACACUCACUCUUAUCUCCUCACUCCCACUAGUGAUGCCGUAGGCCUCUCCACCGCCUCAUCGAGCAGCCUCAAUGAUCUUCCAAGCAUAUCAGCUGAGCUCGACAGCAAUGGCUCAGAGAGGAGUUUAAACAAGCAGAAUACUUGUAAUACUGAUUUAGUGAGGAAGCAGCAGUCGAGAAGGCAGCAUUCGUGGCCAUUGAGGGAAACGGAUGUGUUUGAUGACGGCAAGUGUGUCACUGUUGAGUUUUUGCCAAGGAUGAGGAAGCUGGAGAGUACUGCAGCCAUGUCAGUGGCUAACUUUACUUCCUUGCUCAUUGAGUUUGUGGCUAGGCUUGACUAUUUGGUUGAAACAGUGGAUGAACUUUCUAGGAUGGCUAAGUUCAGGGAAGUUCGUUAACAGUGACAUUGAUAUGUGGGGAUAAAGUAGAAGUUCAUAUUUGAAAUGAGAUCAAAUGAUUGAAUAUGUAAUUGUUGCAAGAGAAGGUAUAUUUUUUAGCUUGAAAAGAUACAAGAAACAUGUAUCAGAAGCCAUAUAGUUUCCAUCAAUGGCAACUUUCUUCCUUCCCUCUGCCUUUACACCCCUUAAGCAAAUUAGUCCCUCCUAAAUAGUAAAUUAUAUGCUUCCUUAGACACGUAUAAAUAUCCGGAUCCAAAAAAGGAUGUAUGGAAAAUUUAAAUGGUUUAUAGGAUUCUGAAUUUCCCUACCACCAAAUGCAAGAAAGAAUAAUGUGCAAAAGUAGAAAAGUCAAGCAAAGCGAAGCAAAGAGAAAUUCCAACGAUUUUUGCACACUUUGACCUUGACUGUUCUCAUUGGAGAAUCAUUAGAUCCUACCAUAUAUGAUUGUCAAGGUAACUCAGAAUAUUAAAUCUAAGAUAGAUAUCACCAUAAGUUAAGUUAAACCAUCUCCUUUAAGCCGUUUAUAAUUUACAUGACCCUUGACUGGUAGGUAACUUAUGACCAGUCAUCUAAUAUAUGUCUAUAUCCAUCGAAAUUAAAAAGAAACAUUUGUAGCAAUUUAAUAGUGUAAAAACUAAAUCUUACCUAUACAGCAUACACCAUCACUUUUGGUAAGAAUUAGAACUAUCACAAAAUCUUAGUGAUGCGAAAGAAAGAAUUUACAAGUUAAGCAUAAAUAAACCAUUUAAAAGGAAAAUAACUUUCUAUUGAAUUAAUGAAAAAAGAUUAAUGCUCAAAGAUACCAACUCCUAAAAGAUUAAAACAAAACGAAAGGUAAUUACAAAUCAAAAGAAAGACCAGAACUGAAUACAAUGGAAAUAUAAAAGGUAGAGAGGAACCAUCAGAACAGUGAGAUAGAGAGAACACCAAAGAGAUACUGGGACAUGAGCUGAUUCAAAACACUCCGACCAUGAACAAUCUUUAUCCAUAAAAAUAAGCCAAUUGAAUUAGACCACACUAAAGAGUAAAAAGACCACCUUUUAAAUCUAGUCGCUAAGUUUUAUGAUAUAAAUAAUUAAAAGAAACUACCCAUCACUUGGACAAGAGGGGCCAAUCUAGAGACUGCAUGCAUCUUUAUUCAAAU